AUGAAAGACCAGCUUUUGAAUUUGGUACUCCCCAUACUUAUGAUGUUGGAUUGCAGCGAGGGAAAAGUGUUCAGGGUCAGCAAAAUGGACUGCCGAACCCUGGAUCCUGCGUUUACGUACUUCAAAACCUGUAAGGUUGUGCGCAGGGAAAACGGUCGAUCCGCCCUCUUUAUAAACGAGGUGUUUCUCUACAAAGAUCCCAUUGACGAGAUCAUUCUAAACCUGGGUAUAUUCAAAGUGGUCAAAAAUCGUCGCUUUCAGUUUCUAAAUGAAACUCUGGACUACUGCCUUUUUAGUCGACAGUUCCUGGCCAAUGGAUUUUUCGCUUUUCUGAUGACACCACUAAUGAGAAAUUCCAACGUGAACGCGACAUGUCCUCUGCAGCAAAGCAUAGUUUUCAAUGGCUUCCCCGUGGAUGAAAACACAAUUAAAGAGGUUCCCAUUCCGAAUGGUGUUUACAUGUUCCAAAUGCGAGCAUCCAUGAUGAAGAAAUGGAGAACGGACGUGAAGGUCUACGCCACUCGAGUGGAUAUGUAUUCUGAGUAA